GAGUCCUUCAAUCAGUUAGUCCGGGACACAUCUGAUGAGAGUUAUGUCCCCUUCUUGAUUGGCUUCUACGCCUUCUGGGCACCAGGGGCCUUGACCUUCCUACGCUUCAUGUCUCUCACUGUGCAGGAGUUUGACGACCUGAGUGUAGCCUUGAGAUUUGGCUUAGUUGACCUGUCUGAGCAAAACCAAUUGGUCAAUAGAUACAUUGACCCCAAGAAGGCAAGAUUGUUUCCUUUUCUCAUCCUGUUCACAAAAGAUAGAGAGACAGGUGAGCUACAACAGACUCUGCUGUCUGAGAAGAGACCGAGUCCACAAACUGUGUACACAGAGAUCCUGGGGCUUGGCAUCAACAUCUCCACCUACAGUGGGGAGCCAUUGCUGUACCAGCCAUACGGAGUAGAGGACCCCAUGCAGGUGUCUGGUGUGUUUGAGGGUCCGUAUGGACACAUGUGUUCUUCAGCCUACCAUAACCUGACUGACAAUACACCCACGAAGAAGCCACAGGUGAAAAAGAAAAUGAAAAAUCUGAAAAAGAAAAGAGACUGGCCCAACAGGGACAUUUUUGAUGAAAUUGAUGCCACCCUUCCGAAGGAUCAUGGGAUACCAGUUGUGUCACACGUGACAUGGAGUCAGGUGGUGGAGAAGUCCCACGCACCACGACACCCGUUCCUGCCAGAGGGCCGAUGGGCAGGAGAGUAUACCAAGGUGGCCAUGAUUGUGUUCCUGAUCGAUGGAUGUGGAAGCUGUCGACGUAACAUGGAUGUCUUUCGUGAACUGCACGAAACAGUAAAGUAUAUAGAUGGUGGCUCCCUCUACCUUGCAAACUGUACGCGGGAUAGGCAGUUGUGUGUGGACCAUGGCGUGACAGGCUUCCCCACCAUCCUGGCCUUCCGUGGGUUUGGUUGGCUGGGUGACGGUCUGUGUGUGUCGUCACAAGCUGAGAGAGAGAUCGCUGAAUCCAUCAGGAUGGACUAUCAUGGCGUCAUACUGGUAAAACAUAUCAUGGAGUGGUUCUCCUCUGUGGCAAGUCCAGCUGUGAACAACCUCAAAUUUAGGCAGCCUCCUGUCAUGGAAGUAGUGAAAUCCCAUCUGCAUGAUUCCUUGAAACAGAGACAGGCUCCUCGUUUCGUGCCAUCUCAUCCGGAACAUUGGCAGGUGUUUGGUGGCCAGUCGUCCCGAGAUGCGUCGCUCAAAGGUUGGGGGGCUCAUUUUCUUCAUCAACAGAUGGCCAGGCUAUGGUCAUCCGCAGAACAGGGAUUACACAUCAACGAGCUCAAGUAUUUGGUUCUUCUAGCCAUUCAGCAUUGGGCGAAGGAACUUCGAGGUUCCUCUCUGCUGAUCCAGUCAGACAACUCCACAGUCACCUGGUACAUCAACCAUCUCGGGUCAACAGGAUCAGCGAAUCUUCUUCAGCUGACGUUUCGAUUCUUUCAUCUAAUUGACUCCCUCGUCAUUGAUGCUCGAUCCAGACACAUUCCCGGAGUCAGGAAUGUCGUCGCCGAUGCGCUGUCACGCUCCGACCGGCCAUCCCCCACGGAGUGGCAGUUGAACCCUCAGAUCUUUCGGGAAUUGGUCUUCCCGUUAUCAAGGCCCCAAGUCGACCUCUUCACAGCGCGGUUCAAUCAUCCGCUCCCGAUGUUUGUCUCUCCGAUAACCGAUCUACUAGCGUGGGAUCUCAACGCCCUAGAUGAAGAUGUUCGCUUGACUGCUACACUGAUGCCGAAGUAUUCCCGCUACCUGCCCAAGUCUAUGCAGACAACUCCUGACAUGCUAUACUCGUACCAGUGUUAUCGCCUGUCGUGUGAGCGACUGUACGGCCAGUCCAAGUGUUACACUGUCUACAACAUCCAGGUUCCUCCGGAGGAAUACGAGGAGAAGGAUCUGGAUGUGGUGGUGAUCAAGGAAUACGAGGAGAAGGAUCUGGAUGUGGUGGUGAUCAAGGUAGGUGCUACACUGUGUACAACACCCAGGUUCCUCCAGAGGAAUACGAGGAGAAGGAUCUGGAUGUGUGUGGUGGUGAUCAAGGUAGGGUGCUACACUGUGUACAACAUCCAGGUUCCUCCAGAGGAAUACGAGGAGAAGGAUCUGGAUGUGGUGGUGAUCAAGGUUCCUCCAGAGGAAUACGAGGAAAAGGAUCUGGAUGUGGUGGUGAUCAAGGUAGGUGCUACACUGUGUACAACACCCAGGUUCUCCUGGAAGAGUAGGAGGAGAAGGAUCUGGAUGUGGUGGUCAUCAAGGUGGGUGCUACACUGUGUACACACCCAGGUUCCUCCGGAGGAGUAUGAGGAGAAGGAUCUGGAUGUGGUUGUCAUCAAGGUUCCUCCGGAGGAGUAUGAGGAGAAGGAUCUGGAUGUGGUUGUCAUCAAGGUGGCGCUAGAGAGGAGUGAUGGCAUGAGGGUGAACAUCAUGCAGACUGGACGAUAUCUGCACCACUCCAUCAGCGAGGAACUCGGGCCUCACCUCCACACAUUCCAUAAACCCCACAGAUAUAACCUAGGAAGCAGUCAAAAGUGCGAGGACGAUCACAGUGCCUGUACAGACCUGAUAACGUCCUUCACGCGAGACCACGCCCGCCUUCCCGUUACUCACCUCACCGCCAUGUCCUUCCACAUCAAGAACAA